CCACGGCUAGAAAAGAACUCGCCGCCACCGAUCUUUGUGCAAACAACCGCACACCAUCUGCUCGAUCAAUUACCCCACGCCCCGCUCGCCUUCGCCCCUGCCGAUGAGCUUUCUCGCCGGGCGCCUCGCCGCACAGGAGGGCGCAUACUUCCUCCAGGAGUCCAGGAACGCCGCCAGCCGCCUCGCGCAGAAGAUCCCCGCGUCCGAACAUGGGCCCAGGCCGGCAUCCCCGCCUCCGUCGGCCGACGUGCUGCCGGAGAUCCUCCGCCACUCCAUGCCUUUAAGGCCCACGCUGCCUCCGCCCAACUCAACCCUGUACGGUUCCACCCGCUGGGCCCUCCCACCGGGCGGCGCCAAGGCUGCCGGCGUGUCCCCCGACGUGCUCAACCCGCUCCGGUCGUACGUCGCGCUGCCGCAGGCCACCUUCGGCCUCGGCCCCAAAAGGUGCGCCUCUGGCGCCUUCGGUAUUGAUCUAAUUUUUUCACUCAAGGUUUCAUGUGGAUUUGUUUACAGAUGGGAACUUCCAACUGACAGGCCUUACUAUUCAUCACCAAGCACCAAUGAGGGACGGCGUGAUAUGCAUCCUCCUCCCAUGGACCCUGAGAAGUUGAAGGCCGUAAUUGCUAGAUACUCACAGGUUGGAAAGGCGCUCCUUAGGAUUGCUGGGACUAUAUUGGUGAUUGGAGAAGCAACAGCUGAGCUGCUGUAUACGGUGAAUAAGCUUCAGUUGCAUUCUGUCGGCGAUGUCAGAGCUAAAGGAAAAGAACACGCUGAUAUGGUCAAAGUACAACUAGCUCCACUAAGGAAAUGGGCUGAAGACACGUCCCGAAAAUGGCAUUACAAAGGCAACAAAGAGUCCAAGGAGAAGCCUAUCCUUGAUAGAGAGCGUUCAAGAGCACUUAGUGCUAAUACACGUCUGAAUUGAUCAAUACAUACAACUGGCAGUUGUUGUUGUUGUUGUUAACAAACACAAGCAAGCUCAUACUCCCCCAUUAUGAAGUUUCUUAUUGUAACGUGUAAGUCCACCAUUAUAAAACUCCUCGUUUUACGUUUACCUUGUCUAUAUGUGCAGUGUAAGAUUACAAGGAAGCCCCGGGCGUUCGGUCUUUUCGGUUUGUUCGGUCCGGUCUUUUCGGUCUUUCAAAAUUUCGGUCUCCCAUAAUUGAAGACCGAUAUAAUUUUGGUCUUUUUGGUUAUUCACUAUUCGGUCUUCGGUCUUUACCAUUCGGUCUUCGGUCCUGACCAAACAGACCAAAUUAAUUGCUAGAACCCAGAUUUAUGUUACUUCCAGUACCAAUUGUAUACAAACUACAUAGAGUAAAGAGGUACAUGUGUGCACAAAGCUGUGUGUACAGAGAUAACAUAUGUCUGUAUACUGGCGCAUGUGUACAUAAGAAAAAUUCAAACAAGUAACACUUGUAUGCAAUCUGGAUGGGAUACAGUACACCAUAUGAAAAUCUUUAAAUAGAAAAUUAGCACUAUAUAUAAUCACCACUUCACCAGCAACAAGAUUCAUGCAUGCAUACUCAUUUAUAUUUGACACCAAAAAGUAAGAAGAUCAAGUAACAUCAGCGGAUCAGCCCAUGGAGUCGACAAGCAGCAAACAGAAACACCAUCACCACUUGGUACUUGGCAACAUAGAACUUGACAACAUAGAACUUGACAUGAAAACAAAUCAAGUUUAGUACAUGCUUUAAAUUCAGCAGCAAACAACAAACAUUAAGGUCUCACAGUCUCACUCUCAGUUCUCAAUUCUCAAGUCUCAAGUCACAAAUCAAAAGCAAAAGUUGAUAACUAAAACAACAUACAUUCAACAUGAUUUUAGUUCAGCCAUGAGUAGACGUGGAUGUCACUUUGUUGGUCGACUUGCACACUUGUUUGACUUGGCCGUGGAAGAAGCAACAACACCACCAUUGAACUUGCGCUUUCCCUUCACCUUGUCACCAAAUUCUUCAAUCAACUCUACAACAAGUCAAGUAUUCAAUCAAAUUUCAUAAUCUGCUAGCUAUGGUGAUAUACUGAUAGUGACAAAUGCAAUGUGAUUUUGUUGAGAUCUACUAGCUAGGUCUAGUUAAUGAAGAAGUUUGUCAAGUCAUGCAUAUAAAGUUCUCCAUACAUUGGUUUGGUACUGAUGCAUGUCAUGCAUAGUAAUAUCUCUACAAUAAAAAAACAAAUGUAUUGACAAGUUGGCUGAUUGUUUUACCUUUUUCUAGCACUUCUAAUUCUUCCAAGUUCUCCUUGAUGUCGACCGGGUCUGUUGACCUU